CUCAUCGGGGGGGCAGAGAGCAGCCCCCCCGCCCCGGCGGCUUUCCCGGCGGGGGACGGCGAGAGCAGCAGGCAGAGCAUGCCAGAGUGCAAAGUGUGGCGAAAUCCUCUCAAUCUUUUCAGAGGGGCAGAGUAUAGCAGGUACAUGUGGGUGACUGGGAAGGAGCCUCUUACUUACUAUGACAUGAAUUUGUCUGCUCAAGAUCAUCAGACGUUUUUCACGUGUGACACGGAUGCGCUUCGUCCUUCAGACACAGUCAUGCAGAAAGCCUGGCGGGAGAGGAACCCGCAGGCCCGGAUCAAAGCAGCGCAUCAGGCUCUGGAGUUGAACAACGAUUGUGCUACUGCAUAUGUCCUCCUGGCUGAGGAAGAAGCAACAACUAUUGUGGAUGCUGAGAAAUAUUUCAAGCAGGCUCUGAAAGCAGGAGAGAUGAUUUACAGAAAAUCUCAGAACUGCCAUUCCCAGAGCCCCCAGCAUGAAGCACAGCUGAGAAGAGACACCAAUGUAUUGGUUUAUGUGAAAAGGAGAUUAGCUAUGUGUGCCAGGAAACUUGGAAGAAUACGAGAAGCAGUAAAAAUGAUGAGAGAUUUGAUGAAAGAGUUUCCACUUCUCAGUAUGCUGAACAUCCACGAGAACCUCCUGGAGGCCCUUCUGGAGUUACAGGCUUAUGCAGAUGUCCAGGCAGUUUUAGCCAAGUAUGAUGCAUCUGGAAAAAUGAGUACGAGCUUCAGACUGCCUGCAGCACCCCUGUGUUUUGCUCGACACAACAGCCAGACCUGCAAUAUCAGUCUUCCCAAGUCAGCAGCAAUAUGUUACACAGCAGCUCUGCUAAAAGCCAGAGCUGUUUCAGAAAGGUUCUCGCCAGAAACUGCCUCCAAAAGAGGGCUUAGUACAGCAGAAAUUAAUGCUGUGGAAGCAAUUCACAGAGCUGUGGAAUUUAACCCUCAUGUUCCAAAGUAUUUACUAGAGAUGAAAAGCCUCGUGCUGCCUCCAGAGCACAUUCUGAAGCGAGGGGACAGUGAGGCAGUGGCCUAUGCUUUUUUCCACCUCCAGCACUGGAAGAGGAUAGAAGGGGCUCUAAAUCUGCUGCACUGCACGUGGGAAGGCACGUUUAGGAUGAUCCCAUACCCAUUGGAGAAAGGACAUCUUUUCUAUCCCUACCCGAGCUGCACAGAGACAGCAGACAGAGAACUGUUGCCAACAUUUCACGAAGUCUCCGUUUACCCCCAGAAGGAGCUUCCCUUUUUCAUCCACUUCACAGCAGGCCUGUGUUCCUUUUCAGCCAUGCUGGCUCUCCUCACCCACCAGUUCCCUGAGCUGAUGGUUGUUUUUGCAAAAGCAGUGCUGCGUUUGCUGUGGCCAGUGAGUGCCCCCAGCGUUCUGGCCUCCAGCUGAGGGCUGCACUGUGCUUUGGGGCUCUCACCCUUCAUCUUCCCUAUGGAACACAUUGAGGAUCUGCUGCUGUCCAGCCCCUGGCAUCAGCUCACUCUGCUGUGACUGGGGUGUAUUUUCCAUGAUAGUUUGAUUUUAUUGUCAUGAGCCUCACUUGGUGGUUGGCUGACCCCCAGCUGUGGGAGCCAAGGAAGAAAUCUGGGCUCUUCAAACUGAUAUCCUUGACAGGCUUCUAUGUUGAUGGUGCUUAACAUGUGAAUUUCUUCUUUGGCCUUAAUCUGUAAUCAUCUAAGAAAACAGUUCUUGUUGAGCAAUAGCUUAUUGCUCUCUAAAUCACUUGGACAACUGGAAACUCAUACUUCCUCUGUAAGAAAGGAGAAUACACAAACUGAGCAGGUGUUUGGAGUAUUGAUGCUUCCUUCUCAGCUGCAGAUGCACCAGAUACUUGGCUUAGGUUUAAUUUUAUAAGCCUUUUUCAAAAUAUUUGUUAACAGCAAAGUAUGGUUCUGCUUUCUUUAUUAAAAUGUUGCUACUUAACACAUUGAAUUUGUUGACUUCUUAAGUGUCUGUUUAAUAUAGAUUAUAAUGUGCAAACAAA